CCACCACGCAAAACCCUCCUCAGAGACCCGUUUGACUCGAGGGGCGAUUAAAUAUCCAUAUAGUAAGCCGCAUCAGCAUCCAUCAUGAAUCCCAUGUCACAUCUAUACUACAAAAAGAGCAGCUACUCUCCGUACCGGGACCGAAUCCCACUACAGAUAGUCCGGGCGGAAGUAGAGCUUUCUCCAGAGGAGCGCUCCUUCCUUUUAGCUGUGGAAAAGGGUGACUACGCGGGAGUCCAACAUGCACUGCGCGAGGCUGAGGUGUAUUACAACAUUGAUGUGAACUGUGUGGAUCCAUUAGGCCGCAGUGCGCUACUAAUAGCGAUCGAAAAUGAGAACCUUGAGGUGAUGGAACUGCUCCUGGAUCAUGGGGUGAACACUGGAGACGCUUUGCUUUACGCCAUCCGCAAAGAAGUGGUGGGAGCUGUGGAGUUACUGCUGUCCCACAGGAAACCUAGUGGAGAGAAACAGGUUCCAUCAUUAAUGAUAGAUGCCCAGUUUUCAGAAUUCACGCCCGACAUCACACCCAUCAUGCUUGCCGCCCACACAAACAACUAUGAGAUCAUCAAACUCCUGGUCCAGCGCAAAGUCACAAUCCCUCGGCCGCAUCAAAUCCGCUGUGACUGUGUGGAGUGUGUGUCUAGCUCAGAGGUGGACAGCUUGCGUCACUCUCGUUCCCGCCUCAAUAUCUAUAAAGCACUCGCCAGCCCCUCUCUCAUCGCCCUCUCCAGCGAGGAUCCCAUCCUCACUGCCUUCAGACUGGGCUGGGAGCUCAAGGAGCUCAGUAAGGUGGAGAACGAGUUUCGGCAAGAGUACGAAGAGCUUUCUCAACAGUGCAAACUCUUUGCUAAAGACCUGCUGGACCAGGCACGUAGCUCCCGCGAGCUGGAGACCAUCCUCAAUCACCGUGACGACCAGAGCGAGGAGCUAGACCCACGAGAAUGUAGAGACCUGGCCAAACUCAAACUGGCCAUUAAAUACCACCAGAAAGAGUUUGUGGCUCAGCCAAACUGUCAGCAGCUCUUGGCCACACUGUGGUAUGAUGGCUUUCCUGGCUGGCGGCGGCGCCACUGGGCGGUAAAGCUGGUCAUGUGCUUCAUUAUCGGCCUGCUCUUCCCAGUCUUUUCGCUGGUCUACCUACUGGCUCCAAAAAGCACGCUGGGACUGUUUAUCAAAAAACCCUUCAUCAAAUUUAUCUGCCACACGGCCUCCUACCUCACCUUCCUCUUCCUCCUUCUCCUGGCCUCACAGCACAUAGCGCGCACCAACCUACACACGCAGGGCCCUCCACCCACUGUGGUGGAGUGGAUGAUACUACCUUGGGUGCUAGGCUUCAUCUGGGCUGAAAUUAAGGAGAUGUGGGAUGGUGGUUUUAAUGAGUACGUCCAUGACUGGUGGAACCUGAUGGACUUUGCCAUGAAUUCUCUCUAUUUAGCCACCAUAUCACUCAAGAUCGUCGCUUAUGUCAAGUAUAACAGCUCUCGUCCUCGUGAGGAAUGGGAGAUGUGGCAUCCUACGCUGAUCGCAGAGGCUUUGUUUGCCAUCGCUAACAUCUUUAGCUCGCUGCGGCUCAUCUCCCUCUUCACUGCAAACUCUCACCUGGGUCCUCUGCAGAUUUCUCUAGGCCGCAUGCUGCUCGAUAUUCUCAAGUUCCUCUUCAUCUAUUGUCUGGUGCUGCUGGCCUUCGCAAAUGGACUCAACCAGCUUUACUUUUACUAUGAGACCGAGGCUGCAGACGAACCCAACCACUGCAAGGGGAUCCGUUGCGAGAAACAGAACAAUGCAUUCUCUACGUUAUUUGAGACUCUUCAGUCUCUGUUCUGGUCGAUAUUUGGCCUCCUGAAUCUGUACGUAACCAACGUAAAGGCUCGACACGAGUUCACAGAGUUUGUCGGUGCCACCAUGUUCGGCACCUACAAUGUCAUCUCACUGGUUGUUCUGCUGAACAUGCUCAUCGCCAUGAUGAACAACUCUUACCAGCUCAUUGCUGACCAUGCUGAUAUCGAGUGGAAGUUUGCUCGGACGAAGCUGUGGAUGAGUUACUUUGAUGAGGGGGGGACACUCCCCCCACCAUUCAACGUCAUCCCCAGUCCGAAAUCAUUCUGGUACCUGUGUCGAUGGGUACAUGAGUGGCUCUGCCGGUCAGAGUCUGCUCCGCCUGAAGACCCCCUCAAACACGACAAUUUGAAGGAGUUUACGGAAAAGCAUGCUGACAGGCUAAUACAGAAUCAGCAUUAUCAGGAGGUGAUUCGUAGUCUAGUGAAAAGGUAUGUGGCAUCCAUGAUCCGCAGCGCUAAGACCAACGAAGGACUGACGGAGGAGAACUUUAAGGAGCUGAAACAGGACAUCUCCAGCUUCCGCUACGAAGUGUUAGACCUUCUCGGGAACCGAAAGCCACCCCGACGCAACUAUUCAUCCAGCAGUGAUGCCACACUUCGAGAUGAGGUCAGUGACGACGGCGAGGCGUCAAGUAUCAACUGUCACCACAGCGAUGGAAGCAGCAUCGGGGCCAAAGGCGUGUCUUUCAAAACGAUCACACCUUCACAUCCAUCGUAUGGAGUCUCUGCCCUCUUUCAGUCCAUCUCUGGAAUGGAGGUUUCUAUGGAAACAACAGCAUCGUCCACGUACAGGGAGGGUAAACCAAAGAUCAAUGGACUGAGGAAGAACCCCUCACCCUCCUCUUCCCUGUCCUCCAUGGCUCCAGCAAGACCUGCACUCUCACGGACUUGGAGGCGUAUUUCACGCUUCUCGAGUUCCAGGAAGAACUCCUUUAGACGGCUCGGACUGCUGUUUUCACAAAUGGGCAGUCAUCUUCCCCAACCUGCAGGUGUAACUGCUGCAACCUAUACUAUCUCAGAUGGAUUGCUUCACCCGCCGGAGGCUUGGCGUGACUUGGGCUUCACCAGAGGUGAUGGUCCAGUCACCCGCAGCGAGACCAACCUUAAUCAGGUGGAUGUGGCUGGUUUAAGUGAGGGUGACAGUGUUGCCAUGACAACUAAUGGACAGAGAGCUAACGGGAGAGAUGUUUUGCUGACAUUAGGACCUCUGUCUCCGCCCACUUCCCUGCACUGUGCUUCCAGUUUCUCCGCCUCCAGUUCCCACCUCCUGGACUCAAGUGAGGACGUGUUCCAGGGAGUGGUUGGGCCUUGUGAUGGGCAAACACAAGACUCCUCCCACUGGGUAAUGGAACAAGACGAUUCAGUGACCACGCAGCUAUAGUGAUGCUAGUAUGUACUGUACAGCACUUUCGUAAUAACAAUAAUCAGUGAUGAUGACAUCAAUAAGUAUUACCUUACCAACAACAACAAAUUCUUUUGUUUAUUGCAUUUAGUUUGCUGCUGCAAUAUUUGAUGUUUUUCACAAAUAUUUAACCAAAUCAAAAGUCAUAAAUGAGACAGAUGGGGUUAAAUGAUGGACAAUAGAUAAAGAAAGGGACAGAGAAGUGCUUUAUUAGCAGAACAGACAAACUGCAGGCCAGGUUGCAUUGUUGUGUCACAAUGUCAAAAAGUCAUAUCAAUAAUUUAAGUCAAUGUAAAGUGAAAAUUUACUUUCCUAAUACACAUUCUUGGUCUUGUGUAUGAUUCAUUCACAAAAUGCAUGUUAUUCCAAAGAACAAUCUAAUUUUGUCUUCGUAAUGUUUCAUAAAAAUGUAAUAACUUGGCAUCUUUUUAUCUUAAAGAAUUUCAGUUUUGGCUGAUGUCAGAGAGCAUGCACAGACAGAGAAGAACGUUUAAAUUAUAUUUAGGCAUUGUUUUAGGCUGCUGAUGCAGGUAAUGGUUAACGUUAAUGGUUAAUGCAAUAAAAGCAAAUAAUGACAAAAGAUAGGUUAUGUCAAUAUGCCAAAAUGCUCCUGAUUGUAAACUUGACUUUUGGCCUCCAUGUCCUAGUCUGGUAGAGAAAGUAAAAAGGGUGAGUAGUCCUCCUCGUUCGACUGCAAACUUGCAUUGUGGAUAGCCCACUUUUUAUGAUCCAAAUCAAUUGCCGCUAGAUAAGAGUCCCGACCUACAUUUUUCCUUAUUGAAUACCAAUUACAGAAGUUAAAUGUUAUACAUGUUGUUCAUGCUGACUUUAAACACCAACCAAAUCAUGCAAUUUGCAACUAAUUCAAAAUACAAAAUCACUAUAUCAUGUGUAUGGAAGCAUUUCCAGUUCAAAAAUCAUGCAUUUCAUUUAGAGAAAGUUCUGAUUGGAAAGUGUACCGACCAAAAAAUAUAUCUGUUAUGGACCUACAUUACAGUGUAUGUCAAAGGAUAUGAUACUCACACAUCUCUUGGUGGAACAGAUUAGAUUUUUUUCUGCAGUACUUACUGAGCUGUUGGUGUCAGCUCACCUUGUGCACUGGUGAGGAUUUUCACUUUACUACUAUAUGUGCACAUCAUAGUCUUACAUUACUUGUGUUAUUCACCUGGGAGGGCUGAAGUUAGAAUCUAACAUGACGGAAAUAUUAUUUUUGUAUUAUGAAUAGCAUGUACAAAUUAUUUAAUUUCAAGACUGUUUUAGUCUAGACAGACAUUAUUUAUAUAUUAUACUCGUAUAAAGUUUUUUUUUCCCUUUGCUUACCUUUUUACUGUAUGUGAAUAUUAAUUAGUAUAUUAUAAUAAUCAGGUGCAGGGGAGAUGUCGGCGGACAUGCAUUGAAUUAGACAUCCCCCUACUGUGCGAUGAUGAAUGCUGAUAAACCAUAAACAGUGACUCACAAAAGUGUUCAGACAUUUAACCAACAUGUAACCUUUUACUGAAUUACAAAUACUACAUUGGAAAUGAGUUCUCCAUUAUAUUUGUAUUUACCAGUGCUGUGUAUUACAUUUAAUCUGGAUAACAUAAUCAGAUUACAAAAAUGAAGUGCUUGUAAUUGAAUUUCAUGACGUUUUAUAUUGUGUGUAAUUACAGUUACAUUUUAUGGAUUACAUUCUUGAUUAUAUUACCAAUCAGCCAAUGGCAAUAACUAGUGCGAGAUUUACUGAUUAUGCUCAUAAAUUUUAAAGAGCGUUCUGAGCCAGAGUCUAAACUACAUGAAUUAUAGCCACAUAGCACUACAUAUGUUGAAGACUGUGCUGGCCCAUUCCUUAUAUAACCGCAUACAAAAAUAACUUGACUUUCAAAAGACAGACAGACAAAAAUAACUGAGCAAUGCAAUAUUUGCCUUACAAAAAUGAUAUUUAUUUAAAAAGACUGGAGGCUGGAGGUUCUGUACAUGUUCUCUAACUGUAUUUCUGUAUAUAAGUUAUCUAAAUAUCAAGUAUUUUAAUAAUAAUUCGAUGCAUCAUCUAGCCAUGUGUGCAUGUAGCUACUGAAAUUGAUACACUGCAAUGAAAGCACUUAAUACAAUCCACAAAUUCACAAAGGGCAUUUGGUUUCUGUUUUAAAAUAAGUUUCUAAAUUAAUGCACAUAGAAAUGCCAAACUGUUUAUUUGUACCCUGUGUUUCAAACAAGUCCUUGUCUACAUUCUAGAAACUCUUCUGUAAGAACACGUUGCAAAUAUAUAUUUUAAUGUUUUCGGUCACAUGCAGCAUGCAAAUGCUCUUCGGCCUGUGCUUUAAGAUGGCAGAAAAAAGUGACCGUCAUAAGCCACAACUUCUCAUAAGGGAGGUACAAAUCUAACAUCUCAUAUCAUAUCUAGAGACAUUCUCUCAUUCAUUUCAAAAGGUGAAUAAAAUAGUGAAAUCCCUAUUUAAAUGUUCAAAAUAAAAAUUCUUAAAAUACAAGCAUUUCUCAUUGGCUUCUAUCUUGGGUAACAAUCUUAGUUUCUCAUAACUUUUUCAGCACUUUAUUUUACUGAGCAGUUUAAAAUAGCAAGUUUCUGUUUGAUUUUUUCGUUUACUAAUGUUUAACUUAAAAAUUUAUCCAUUAAUUGUAAAUAUAUUAUCAAAAUAUGCAAUGACUAAUCUAAAAGUAAUCCAAACGUAAUCAGGUUAGAUUACCUAAAUGUAAUCUAAAAUAUUACAUUAUGAAUUAUAAUUUCUGAUGUGUAAUUUGUUCAGAAGUAAUCUACCCUUUAGUUUACUUUAGUUUGACAUUGUUUUAAGUUUAAAAUAAAAAGAGCUGUGGUCUAGAAGUUAGUUUGUGUGCUCUGACACGGAGUUAUGGUGCUCAUAUCUGGGUGAUGCAGAUUUUCUCUGUACACCAUUUGUUGUCCUCUGAACCCAAAUUUAAAAGACCAAAAAUAAAUUAAGUAAAAAGUUAAAUGUUUCCAUUAGUAUUCCAUUUGGAAUGGAAAUAAUAUUUAUAUUAUAUUUAUAAAUGCAGUAUAUUAUAUAGAUUAUGUGUAUGAAAACAUAAUUUUUAAUUAAUGGUAUGGCUCAAAGCCCUAAUCUCAACCACCUGAGAAUCUGUUGCACUUUUCGAAAAUAGCUAAUAUACCUGAAUGGUCUGGAGCAAAUCUGCCUGCAAUAAUGGGCCAUAAUCACACCUAGAAUAUACUUACCCUGCAAGACUGAUGCUGUCAUAGUUAGAAAAGGUUGAUCUUCAAAAUAUUUAAAUGUGGGUAUUGAAUUGGGUUAGGUUAGGGUUAGAGUUAGGGUUAGGGUUAUUUUAGGUACUAUUUAAACCAAAUAAUGUCACAUCAAAAAAAUUGUCAAUGCUUUGAAAUACAAAUAUCAAAUUUCAGUGUUGGGCUGUGUAAUUCAGUAAAAUGAGAGCAUUAGAUAAGGUCUGAUGACUUUUGGUGAGGUGCUGUAAAUGCUUGUGUAAACACUUGAAUGAAAUGCUUCUCUUGUAUGACUCUUACCAGUUUCUACUUUUCUUUGAAAACGUGAAAAUAUGAUUAAGAUAAAAAGUAGUUCUGAGAGCCAGAAACUGAACUCAAGGGAAUGCCGAAUAUGCAGAAUAACAAUAAAGCAGUAUAAUCCUGGUGAUGUGUUUGAUUUGUUUCCAUUUCCCGAUUGUAUAAGUCACAAAAUACUAUUUUUCUCUCUCUCUCUCUAUUUUGCACUAAUUAAAGGAAUAUUCCAGAUUUAAUAUAAAAUAAGCUCAAUCAGCAUCAUCCGUGGCUUGAUGUCGAUUACCACUUUAAUUUCGACUCGUCCCUCCUUUUAAAAAAAAAAAAAAAAGUAAAAAUCUGGGUUACUGUGAGGCACUUACAAUGGAAGUGAAUGGGGCCAAUCCGUAAACGUUAAAAUACUCAGUUUCAAAAGUAUAGCCACAACAUGUAAACAAUAUAUGAUUUUAGUGUGAUAAAUUGCUUACUAACCUUGUCUGUGUAAAGUUAUAGCCAAUUUUACUUCGUUGUCAUGACGAUGUAACACUGUAAUCCGUGAAAUCCUAAAAUGACUGUAAAAACAACAAUUUAAACAGUUUGACACAUGCGCAAUACAAUUGCUUUGUUAUACGUUACCAGACGUUAAAGGGCAGCACCGAGUCAUGCCUUUUUGCCUAUGUAUUUUCAACUCUUUCCACUCCUAAUUCAUCUACAAACGAAUAGCAAAAAACAAGUUUAUCCAAUUAUAAUUUAUUCGUCCAUGCUUACAAGCAAAGUGUGACAACUGUUUCACAAAUCGCAUGCCCAAAGCGGAGCUUGUUAGCCGAAGCAGCGUGCGAGUCUGAGCUCCACCCUGUUAGGCCUUCAGAAUUUCCACAGAAUCUCUCAACAGUGCAAAUGAAUGCGCAUCUAAUGUCAGACUGUCAGAUUCAUCAGCCAAUCAGAUUGAUUUAUUUGUUCUUGGUGGGUGUGGUCUUUAGGAUAUAUCCCAGUCCAGGCCUUCUAGCUGGCCUCGAGUGACACAAUCACACUUUAACUUCUAAAAGAAUUUCGUUUGUGUUCUGAUGAAGAAAGAAAGUCAUACACAUCUGGGUUGACAUGAUGAGUAAGUGAUGAGAAUUUUCAUUUUUGGGUGAACUGUCCCUUUAACUUGUAUUAAACCCAGAAUAUUCCUUUAAGUACUGAAACAUCUAUACAAUGGCUUUACAGACCUGACCAAUUUCAUAGAAAGAAAAUGUUCCUGGGGGUCUUUAUUGGAUUAGCCAACAUUGUCACUACCGACCUGUAACAGGAGCAGUAGUAAUUGGCAAACACGACAUGGUAAUUUAUGAGAGCAAAUUCAAAGUGGAAAAUCUAAUAAUGUGGAAUGUAACGCCCUCUGGUGUUUGCAUGCAUGCCUUGCACAACAACUCACUGGCAUUGGCCUAUAUUGGACAUUUGCAGUUUUUCUCAGUAGCUUUGGUACACUUCUCGAAUCAUCCUUAACAUUUGCAAACCAGUAAGUGCAUUUCUCGAAACAAUUUGUACAAACAGCACACAGUAGAUUACAUGCAAAAGCCUGUAACUUGCUCAAAGUUUUUUUCUCAAAAGUAAAUAUUUAAUGUCAAUGAGCAUAUCAGAAUGACAUGUCCUUGUGUCAUUGUUCACAAACAAGAUGUUGUCAUUACAAAUGUACUCUGUCAGUAUUUCCUGAUGUAAACUAUGGCUACGGGUUUGAUGACAAUGUUUGAAAAUACACAAGGCUGAACCUUUUCUGUAUGGCAUAUCAAUUUCAACAGUACAAGGUUACACAUUACUGUAUGUGGGAUACUGAUUGCAAGGGAUUAGACAGGAUUCACGUUUAUGCUCUUAUUGUCGGUCUGUCAACAAAUUACAGAACAAUUUCACUGCAAUACAGAAGAGAAAUAAAGACAAGACUAUUUUACAGUACAAAGGAAAAAUAUCACUGUGCAAAUAUACAUACAUAUAUUUGUGUGCACACACACACACACACACACACACACACAUAUACAAUUGUGCUCAAAAGUUUGCAUAACCUGGCAGAAAUUGUGAAAUUUUGGCAUUGAUUUUGAAAAUAUGACUGAUCAUGACUGUCUUUUAUUUAAGGAUAGUGAUCAUAUGAAGCCAUUUAUUAUCACAUAGUUGUUUGGCUCCUUUUUAAAUCAUAAUGAUAACAGAAAUCACCCAAAUGGCCCUGAUCAAAAGUUUACAUACCCUUGAAUGUUCGGCCUUGUUACAGACACACAAGGUGACACACAGGUUUAAAUGGCAAUUAAAGGUUAAUUUCCCACACCUGUGGCUUUUUAAAUUGCAAUUAGUGUCUGUGUAUAAAUAGUCAAUGAGUUUGUUAGCUCUCACAUGGAUGCACUGAGCAGGCUUGAUACUGAGCCAUGGGGAGCAGAAAAGAACUGUCAAAAGACCUGCAUAACAAGGUAAUGGAACUUUAUAAAGAUGGAAAAGGGUAUAGAAAGAUCUCCAAAGCUUUGAAAAUGCCAGUCAGUACUGUUCAAUCACUUAUUAAAAAGUGGAAAAUUCGGGGAUCUCUUGAUACCAAGCCAAGGUCAGGUAGACCAAGAAAGAUUUCAGCCACAACUGCCAGAAGAAUUGUUUGGGAUACAAAGAAAAACCCACAGGUAACUUCAGGAGAAAUACAGGCUGCUCUGGAAAAAGAUGGUGUGGUUGUUUCAAGGAGCACAAUAUGACAAUACUUGAACAAAAAUGAGCUGCAUGGUCGAGUUGCCAGAAAGAAGCCUUUACUGUGCCAAUGCCACAAAAAAGCCUGGUUACAAUAUGCCCGACAACACCUUGACACGCCUCACAGCUUCUGGCACACUGUAAUUUAGAGUGACGAGGCCAAAAUAGAGCAUUAUGGUCACAACCAUAAGUGCUAUGUUUGGAGAGGGGUCAACAAGACCUAUAGUGAAAAGAAUACCAUCCCCAGUGUAAAACAUGAUAGUGGCUCACUAAUGUUUUGGGGGUAUGUGAUCUCUAAAGGCACGGGGAAUCUUGUGAAAAUUGAUGGCAAGAUGAAUGCAGCAUGUUCUCAGAAAAUACUGGCAGACAAUUUGCAUUCUUCUGCAUGAAAGCUGCGCAUGGGACGCUCUUGGACUUUCUAAGCACGAGGCCAAGUUGACCCUCUAAUGUUUACAGCAGAAAAAGGUGAAGGUUCUGGAGUGCCCAUCACAGUCUUCUGACCUUAGUAUCAUCGAGCCACUCUGGGGAGAUCUCAAACGUGCGGAUCAUGCAAGACGACCAAAGACUUGGCAAAAUGCCUCCAGGUCAUGCAAAGACGAAUAGGCAGCUAUACCACCUUCAAGAAUUUGGGGCCUCAUAGACAACUAUUACAAAAGACUGCACGCUGUCAUUGAUGCUAAAGGGGGCAAUACACAGUAUUAAGAACUAAGGGUAUGCAGACUUUUGAACAGGGGUCAUUUCAUUUUUUUCUUUGUUGCCAUGUUUUGUUUUAUGAUUGUGCCAUUCUGUUAUAACCUACAGUUGAAUAUGAAUCCCAUAAGAAAUAAAAGAAAUGCGUUUUGCCUGCUCACUCAUGUUUCUUUAAAAAUGGUACAUAUAUUACCAAUUCUCCAAGGGUAUGCAA